AUAAGGUGGGCUAAAUUUUCGUACUUUUAGUGAGUACACAAACAGAAGGACAGGCUAACAAACCAUCCUAAAUACCUUGACUAGAGCAGGAGAGAGCAGUGCAAGCCACCCUCAAUAGUUACUGUUAAAAAUUGGGUGGCCUAGAUUUUGUAUGUAUAAGGUGGGCUAAAUUUUUCGUACUUUUAGUGAGUACACAAACAGAAGGACAGGCUAACAAACCAUCCUAAAUACCUUGACUAGAGCAGGAGAGAGCAGUGCAAGCCACCCUCAAUAGUUACUGUUAAAAAUUGGGUGGCCUAGAUUUUGUAUGUAUAAGGUGGGCUAAAUUUUUCGUACUUUUAGUGAGUACACAAACAGAAGGACAGGCUAACAAACCAUCCUAAAUACCUUGACUAGAGCAGGAGAGAGCAGUGCAAGCCACCCUCAAUAGUUACUGUUAAAAAUUGGGUGGCCUAGAUUUUGUAUGUAUAAGGUGGGCUAAAUUUUUCGUACUUUUAGUGAGUACACAAACAGAAGGACAGGCUAACAAACCAUCCUAAAUACCUUGACUAGAGCAGGAGAGAGCAGUGCAAGCCACCCUCAAUAGUUACUGUUAAAAAUUGGGUGGCCUAGAUUUUGUAUGUAUAAGGUGGGCUAAAUUUUCGUACUUUUAGUGAGUACACAAACAGAAGGACAGGCUAACAAACCAUCCUAAAUACCUUGAUAUAUGGAGGUCGCAAUUGACUGCAUAAACCCAGACACAGAAAAUUUCAACACACCUCCAAGUGUAAAAGCUUCUGAUGAAUAUUCAGAAGAUUCCAGUACACCCCAAAGUGAAUCAAAAGUCACUGAAUCAAAAGUCACUCAAUCGAAAGUCACUGGUUUUCCAGGUGACUCAAAGGGGCCAUCAAAGAAGACAGUUGUCAUUGCAGCAACAGUCAGUAGCACAGGAUUUAUCCUCAUCUGCUGCAUUGUCAUAGUGAGCAGUGUGGGUGGCUGGGUUCUCUACAGACGUAGGAAACAGCAGCAGCAGAAAGAGAUGGAGGAAGAGGUGUACAAACUUCUCGACAACGAAUAUGUUGAAAUGUAGCUAACACAAACUAACAGCUCAUCACAAGAUUGAAACGUUUAUGUAACUAUGACUAAAUUUGUUUUGCCUCUUUAGUGUUGUAUUAUCAAACAAAGUGGUAUUAACUGCAUUGCCAGGUGGCACAGUUA